AUGAGCAAGCGUCCGUACGAGGAGUCAUUAUCCCACGGUGGCUCACCACCAGAGCCUAUCGAUAACAGUCCCAAUGGCCUGUUGCACAUCAACGAUCUCCUGUCACCGGAACCACCCCAAUCUGCAGGCGGGCCCGUCAAGAAGCCUAGGAACUUCAUCGCCACUGUAGCAUGUGAGACUUGCCGCCUCAAGAAGACCAGGUGCGAUGAAUCGCGCCCGAAAUGUGGACUGUGCAAGUCGCUCGGCCUGGAAUGCGUCUACAAUGAGCGCAAGUCGUCCAAACGAGAUCAGUCGCUUAGUCUGAUCAUGAGCACUCUUCAUCGCCUGGAGACAAAGCUCGAGCACAUCUCGUCGGCUGUUCGUGAUGACAUGCAGCCUCUCCAUCAACAGAUGCUCCAUGCACUCGAGGGCCUGAGAGAUGCAGCUACCGCGAGACAGAAUGGCCGCGCCAGUGACAAGCAUACGUCCUUGUCAAACUCGCUGUCGCAGCAUCUCACCCCCGAAAUGGGGGAGCCGGAUGACUUUGUGUUUGAUGAACGGCCCGAUACAACCGACUCCAAUGGCCAUGUCUCGAUUUCGUUCAGUCAACACGGCGUGAUUCUCUGGCCUGGGGCUCGAGAAAUCUUGCCCCAGAGACUUCUCGAAGCUCAUGAACGACUGGGGAGGAACUACGUGAUCGACAUCGAGAUGAAGCGCCCCCAUCUGCCUAUGUAUACAUGUCCGUAUCCCCCACAUGCCGGAGAGGACUGGCUGGAAGCACUGCCCCUGGCUAUGAUCAAGGGUCUUUCGGACGCAUUCUUCGCCACUUUCAAUCUGUUCACGCCGAUCAUGGACAAGAACUUCUAUUUCGCUUUCACACUUGGUGCGGCGAUCGAGAACGGGUUCGGCUACACGAUUGAAACCUGCCUGGUCCUUAAUGUGAUGGCCUUGGGCUGUCUGGCUGUCCAGAGCUAUCAGGAAGGAAACUUUCCUCUGCCAGGCACUCGAAGCAAUCGCUUUGAACCGCCGGAAUGGAUGGGGGUCAUCCACGAGGAACCGCCAGGCCUACGGUUCUUCAACGAAGCUCGAAGACGGAUUGGCUUCCUGAUGUGCGACAAUGACAUUCAGAGCUGUCAAUUUUACCUCUUAUCUUCUGUAUACUACAGCCAGAUCCUUCGUCCCAUGGAUUCAUGGGCCAUGAUUCAUCGCGCUGCUACGUGCUGUUUGUCAAUGCUGACCAACCAUGAUGUCAAUUUUGACCAGUGGGAAGGCGACAUGAAAUCGCGGGUAUAUUGGAACACUCUUAUGAACGAAACCAUCCUUGUACAGGAAUUACAUCUUCCACCCAGUGGCCUUUCACGUCUCGAGGAACUCGUCCCAAUACCCAAAUUUAUUGGCUUCGACUCCGUCGGCUUCGUGCCGGCCCGCUUCUCCUCCUCUUCGGAAAUAGAUGAUUCCUUCUUCCAAUAUCAUUUCCUCGCGCAGGUCGCCCACCGCAUCAUCCUCACCCGCAUCCGCCAUUCACUGUACUUCUACU